AUGAACAAAUAUAAACCAGUUGGUAAGACAGGAGAUUCUGAUGUUCUGAAGACACUGAGUGUUAGGGAUGGAAGGUACUAUGCAUGUAAACACACGAAGCAACAUUUCGAAAGCACAGAACAAGUGCAUACUCCGAGAGAAAUAUAGGCACUAGGGAGGCUAAGUCCGCAUCCUAAUAUCCUUACAUUACAUGAAGUUGUUUUUUAAGUAUGUGAUAAAAAAGCUGGCUCCUUUUCACUGACAGGUGAACUUACGGACAUGAAUAUUUAUGAGCUGAUAAAAGGAAGGAGAAAGCCAUUACCUGAAAAAAUUCAGAACUACAUGUACCAGUUAUGCAAUCUCAAUUACAUACAUAGAAAUGGGAUAUUUCACAGAGAUGUGAAACCAGAAAACAUAUUAAUAAAGCAGAAUACCCUGAAGUUAGGAGAUUUUGGAUCUUGUACGAGUAUCUAUUUAAAGCAGCCACAUAGAGAAUAUAUCUCUACACGCUGGUACAGAGCACCUGAACGCUUACUUACAAAUGGCUACUAUAGUUACAAAAUUAGUAUGUGGAGUGCUGGCUGUGUUUUCUAUGAAAUCACAAGUUUUCAGCCUCUCUUUCCUGGAUCUAAUGAGCUGGACCAAAUUUCAAAAAUCCAUGACGUUAUAGGCACUCCUGCUAACAAAACUCUCAACAAGUUCAAGCAGUCAAGCAUUGCGAGUUUUGAUUUCCCCUUUAAAAAAGGAAAAGGAAUACCUCCUCUUGUGCACAAUUUGUCUCCUAAAGGCUUCUUUCUCCUGUAUGCAAUGAUAAAAUAUGAUCCUGAUGAGAGAAUUGCUGCCCGUCAAGCAUUACAGCACCCUUAUUUUCAAGAACUCUGGGCAGCUGAUACACAAGCUUUGGCCAUGCACAAAAAAAUAAGAUUGCUAGGAAAUACAGCAGGGCAAGUACCUCUGCGUUUGUGGCAAAUUUCAAAGGAAAGUCAAAGACAACAUUCUCUUAGGAAAGUCCAGGAGAAAAUGAAAGAACAACAUGGACCUCCUCAUGGAGAUUUACCAAAAUUAAAUCUUUCUGGAGUAGCCAAAUUGACUUCCUGUCCUACUCAUACAUUGCAUUCAGUUUUCUGGGCACCUAAGGGAAGUGGUGAAACCCCUAUGUUACAGUCGGUUAGUUUUAUUGGAUGAAAUAUUGAGGUAUAGACUCUAACUUGCUCAUUAAAGUGUAAUAGCAAAAUGUUUUACAGAGCAUAUUUCAAACUUCUGUUGUUUCCUCAACAGUCUGAGAAACAGAAGGCACUUAAGUCUUCCCUGAAACGUUUCCACUUACCUGCUAUAGAACGAAGAGGAGGGGGUUACUGA